AUAACUCAUGGCCACCAAACAAAACGUGAAAUUCAUCUUAAGGGAUUGUGUAUUGUUACACCCUGCUAUCGGCAAAACAAUAUUUCAAGUUUACAGCUUGAUUAUUAAUCUCCUUCUUGCAUCAAAUAUUGCCAGAUUUUCCCUUCUGUUCUGGACCUGGCAUGCACUCAUCAGCCUUCUGUCCUCUCUCUUCCACCUGCUCUGCAGUACUCUCGUACAAGCACACACUCCCCCACAGCCCCCCAACAUAGCCCCUCUGUUAUUGCCGCCGCCUCUGGUGUUCGCCCCUGUGGACCCCACCUCUGGUCCCAGGCUGGUCAAAUGUGAGAAGCGGCCCCUGCUCGGGCGCCAAGAUCCCAGAGAGCCUCCGGAUCCCAUUGAUUACGAUAGCAUCAUCCCGGACCUGGAGAACGACGACAUGUUUACGAGACGAACCCUGGCUUUCCAGUCCAACGAGAACCUGGUUCUGAUGAAGAUCCCUGUCAGACGACGUCUCUACUCGUCCGAGCCGCAGCUUAACAUCAUCACUCAGCGUCGAGCUGAGGCAGAGGAGGAAGAGUUCCCUGAUAUCGAGGAGGAUGACGUCGUGUAUCGUAAAGAGAAAACCCUGCAGGCUCAACAGCAGCGCCCUCUAUCUGGCGCGCCUGACAACUACUACCCCAUGCCCAUCCCGGAACCCUGGGCGCUGCCCGACGACCUGAAAGCUCGACUACUGUGUCCACCGUGCCCACUGCCCCUUAAAUCCACUGCAAACAAGGAGAACCAUGUUGAGGACCAUCCGAAGACGGAUGACAUGCUGAUGCGCAAGCUUGGAGCUCAGACGGUCAAUCAAACGGCGCCCUCUGUGCCAACUUCCUGUUGUGAGGGUGACCUGCAGAAGUGGCGGGAGAUCCGAGAAGCGAGCCAGAUCAGAUACAAGAAGAAGCUUUUGGUGGAAAGACUUGCCGCUUUAAAGAUGCUGAACUGACCGAGUCACAGUCUAAACAAACGACCGGUCACUUUGUGAUAGUUUCGUUUGUUGUUGACUCAGAUGUUGAGGUUGUUCGAGUGUGUGAUCAGCUACACCAGCUGUGGUUCGGAAUUUGAAAGUAAAAUUUGUGUGUGAGCAAAUAUUUAUGAUUGUUUGUAUGUGGCUUAACUGUACUGACUCUGACCUGCCGAUGAUGUGACUUACAGUAAAUGAAGAAUAAAUGUAAGUUAAGCUAUACUUGGAGUUUGUCUACAUCAGACAUUUCAAACUCAUGGUUUGUGGGCCGCUUCUGGCCGGGCCCUGGCAUCGUUUCACUUCUCAUCGUGAUGUCAGAAUGGAAUAUACCGUGUUCAUUUAAAGGAUUGACAGACCACUUAAACGAAUUUGCCACCAGCUAAGCUCUCAGUCUGUCUUUAAGAGCUGAAGUGAUAUUUGAAGUGAUACAGUUUAUUGUUUGGUGCAUCUCGCUGCUGUGUUUCCAAGUUUGCUUGUGAAAAUAAAGUCGUCGGUCGAAAUGACCAAAGAGAUGUAUCUCUUGUAAGUGUGUGAUGGAACAGCGUUUACUGGCCAUUUGUUGACCUUCGCUGGCAGCUACAGUAAGUUCAGCCAUGUUUUCCUCUGAAAAGAACUUCACACCGACGUAGGAGGAUCAGAGUGCAGCAGCGUGAGACUGGAAUAGGUUCAAGCCCGAGCCGAAGCCAAACAUUGUCACCGAGGCGCUACAGUGUAAUUAAAUGUCCAAAGACUCUUGAAAUUCCCCAUCGGUCUGAGAGAUGAUAAAAGUUGUCUUGUAAUACAAAGUUGUCGCAUGAGCGGUCGAGCACAAGGCCCCCCAUUCAGCCUGGGUUUAGUUCAUGACCGUUUGUAAAGUCUGUUUCCAGCGAUGGCAGUUUCCAGACACACCGCCGCUGUUUAGACGGAUGACCUCGCACCUCACUGAAUAACCAUCGAGGGGGGUGUUUUCCUAGAAAGUCUUUACGACUCACCUUCACAUGGACACUUCAAGCUUUCCACAGCAUUCAUUCUUAACUUCUGAAAGUCUGUGAGAAAUGUUUGUCCUCUGCCAGAGCAGUAAUAUAAACAGUCACAGUGGUUCCAUCUCACCAGGAUGAAGUUAGUGCAGCUGCUUGCUCCAUUGCCAUGUGCUUUCCUUUCACAACCCAGCCUUCAAUGAUCAUUAGCAUUUGUUGACCAAUUCUGUUUGCAAUUGUGGUGCAGUAUAGAGAUGAGUGCCAGAGCAUCACAGCAAGAGGGUUGUAGGUCUGACCUCAGCUUGAGGCAAGUCUUGUAUCCUUUUGUGUGGAGUUUGUGUGCUGUUUUUACAUUCCCUUGCUCGGUUGGGUUCCCUGCAGACACUCCGGUUUCCUCUCACAGAACACAAUUAUACAUACAGAAUUGGUGAGUGAUCCCUAUAGGGAGUCCAUUCUCACUCCUAGCGAUUGCCAUGUUUAUGCAGAGUUCAGCAAUCUGUGUGGCUUUUUUGGUAGAUGCUCUCGACCCAUGUCCAUAGAUGCAGCUUCUGUGGGUGCCUUAAAGUGCUGGCUUUUUCUAAUAACUAAGUGCUUACCUGCCAAUUUUCUGCUGCUUUUUUAAAGUGAGUCACGACACCUGUAAGUUCCCGCCAAAAUAACACCAACAGCGCCAAUGUCUGUGGCAUUUCUUGGUGGUCCAAAAGUUUUCUUUAGGUGAGGAUGGUUGGCACUGAUUGUUCCUACUUGGAAUGUUACUCACAGUGCUGCACCCCAAGAGUUGAGCUCAUGAUCACACCAAAUAGACUUAUAUUCCAAGAGCGGAUCCUUAAGGAGUGUCAGUGCAUGGCUCAAACCAAAGCUUUCUUUGCCUCAGGCCUUUGAUCUGGUGCACCAUGCCCUUUUAUGUUGUCUGCAGGAGGUUGAGAAAUGAUUGUGUUGGAGUAGAAACAAACUUCAGUACAAAUUAAAACCUUCUUUUGAGCAGAAAACCAAAAAAUAAAAUGAAAUAAAUAAACACAAAAUCCAGAGAAAAUGGAUGGAAAGUUAAUCCAAUUCUUUUAUGCUUUAUGCUCAAGGGCUUUAUGCUUAGGAACACAAAGGAGAUUCUGUAGUUUGUUUGGCUUCAUCAGCGGACAUUUUUUGUGUGGGAACAUCAUAAUAACACUCAGUCUGUGACCUGAUGUAUCAAGCACAUACGGAAAGACAGACGAUAUUGUUAGGCUUUUUCUGUUGUUCCGAUGGACCACUGAGGGCUUCAUAAUUCUCUUCCAGUUAUUUAAUGCCUCAGUAAAAAGUGUGUCACCGAAAAAGAAGGAAAGAGAACAAAUGUUUUUGCCCUCAGGAGGAAAACCAAUGUGGUGUUACGAGAUAAUGGCUAAGUAUGCUAAACUUAGCCUCCAAGAAAAGUGUUGUCCCAAAGAUCGUUUGAUGUUCUAUUUAAUUUCUUGUCAAAACAUCGUCAGUUACAGACUGUCCAAUGAUGCUAAUUCUGUUUGGGAGCCUGUCAUCUCUGGAGCUCUAUCAUCUUCAUCUCCAAGUUUCUAAAAAACUCUUAUCUGUAUUCUUCAAAACCAAAGCUAAGAGUCUGUUUACCAGUUUUGAAGUGAUCGACAGAAAUGGAGGUAAGUUUUGUCAUCAAGGUUUCACUCUGAGGCGGUGGUUUAAGAGUCGCCGGGGAUUUUUGGGCUCUGUGCUCCAUCAUCACUUCUCAUGGCAGAUUCAUAUAA